GCACCAGUUCAGCAGUGCAGCUACAAAGAACAGACCAAAAGUUGCAGACACACGAGAUCAGUAUGAAUCUGCAUACACAUGAUUGGUUGACACAUAUUUGCGUCAGCUGUUUAGCAAGUGUGAAAUUGGCGGGAAACGAAUAAAUAGAUUCGCACGAUUUAAUCUUACAAAGGAUUCUGGCGACUGUUCUCCUUCUCUUCAUCAUAACAAUGACGACACAAGCUGUACGGCUCGGCGAAGAGGUAUCUAGAACUUUACGUCGAUCACCAAGAAAUCUACCACAACAUCUAAAAGAAAAUUUGGAGCGACCAAAACCUGAGAGAGAACCUGAUAUAACAACUUUACCUCCAAUUGUUUUUAAAGGACAUGUUCAGUAUGCUAAUGAUUUCUUUGAUUGUGCUCAGAUUUGUGAUAAUCUUCUACAAAAAGUAAAGCUUAGUGAAAAGGAGUUUAUACCAGUAGGUUUUGACCUAGAAUGGCCUUUUAAUUUUCAAACUGGUAGUGGAAAGACUGCAUUAGCACAAAUCUGUUUAGAGGACAGUGUGUCUUAUCUUUUGCAUAUAUACUCACUGAAAAAACUCCCAGCUGCCUUUAUAGAGUUCCUGUGUCAUCCAAAAGUUAAACUUGUUGGUGUCAAUAUAAAAAAUGAUGUUUGGAAACUUGGACGAGACUUUAAGGAGUUUCCUGCUCAAAAAGUAGUGGAAAACAGUUGCAUAGACUGUGGAACGUUCGCCAAUCAAGUUUUGAAACGAUCUUGUCGUUGGAGCUUGGAAAAAUUGACUGCUUACUUGUUGAAGAAAAGAAUCGACAAGAAUCCUGAGGUGCGAAAAAGUAAGUGGCAUGUGCAACCGCUUAGCGACGCCCAGAAAAUUUAUGCAGCAUCGGAUGCAUACGUAUCUCUUUUACUUUACACAACAAUCCAGGCGAAGGCCGCUGUUUUAGAGAAACAAAAUCAAAACGGGAAUUCAACGAAGCCUUUGUCUUAAUAAAGAUCCCAAAGAAGUUCUUCAACAAGCAUUUACAUUAACACAGAAUCUUUAACAUGCAUCUGAAAAUGGUGAAACUUCUGCUAGCCGGUC